GGAGGGGCGGGGCGCCGCAGGUGCCAUUCCGCAGAGCCGGCGUAGCGCCGGCCGGGCCGGGUCCGUGCUGUGCUUGUUGGUGCCGAGGCAGGAUGCGGCUGCGUUCGGGCGUGUUCGCCUCCUCCUGCCUCCUCGUGCAGGCCUUGGGCGUCGCGCUGUUCCUCCGCGGCUUCUUCCCGGUGCCCGUCAGGUCCGUGCCCCGCAGAGAGGCCCGCGCGGACCCUCCCGCCGAGCCCGCCCCGCCCGGCCCAGAAAUGGUUUCUAACUGGACCAAGAUUCCUCCGCCGCUUUUCAAAAAAGUUGUCAUUGUGCUGAUAGAUGCUUUGAGAGAUGACUUUGUGUUUGGAUCCAAAGGUAAACAGUUCAUGCCGUAUACUACUCAGGUUGUUGAAAAAGGGACUUCCUACAGUUUCAUUGCUGAAGCCAAGCCACCCACUGUGACUAUGCCUCGAAUUAAGGCUUUGAUGACAGGUAGCAUACCUGGUUUCAUCGAUGUUGUUGUGAACCUCAAUUCUCCAGCUCUGUUGGAUGACAAUCUUAUAUGGCAGGCAAAAACAGCUGGGAAAAGAAUAAUAUUUUAUGGUGAUGAUACUUGGGUCAAAUUGUUCCCAAAGCACUUUGUGGAAUAUGAUGGAACAACAUCAUUUUUUGUGUCAGACUUCACAGAGGUUGAUGAUAACGUUACUAGACAUUUGGAUAGAGUGUUAAAGAGAGAAGACUGGGAUCUCCUAAUACUACAUUACCUGGGGUUGGACCAUAUUGGUCAUAUGACUGGGCCAAACAGCCCAUUAGUGGGACCAAAACUUCGAGAAAUGGAUAACAUACUGAAGAAGAUUCAUAUUUCUCUUCUUUCAAAGGAGGAAGCGUCUCUGCCCAAUUUGUUAGUUGUUUGUGGGGAUCAUGGGAUGUCUGAAACAGGCAGUCAUGGUGGAUCUUCAGAAGGAGAAGUGCACACUCCACUGCUGUUUAUCAGCUCCGCUUUCGAGAAGAGAAGUGCUCCUCUAACCCAACCUGAACAUGUGCAGCAAACAGAUUUAGCUAGCACAUUGGCAAUAGCUCUUGGCCUACCAAUUUCCAGAAACAGUGUUGGGAACCUUAUACUGCCGGUUGUUGGAGGCAAGACAAUGAGAGAACAGCUACGUUUUGUGCACUUGAAUGGGUUCCAGCUUAGCAGAUUGCUGCAAGAGAAUACACCUGCAUAUGAAAAAGAUCCUGGAUAUGAACAUUUUAGGAUAGCGGAAAAAUCACAUGGUAACUGGAUCAAACUGUAUUUAGAGGGGAAUAACUCAGAAAUACUCUUAAAUCUUGGCAAGAAGGUCCUGAAGCAAUACUUGGAGGCCCUCAAGACACUGAGUUCUUCAUUAAGCAAACAAGUGGCACAGUAUGAUAUGUAUUCGAUGAUGGUGGGGACUGUGAUCAUUAUGGAGGUUCUGCUACUGCUUUUGCUCAGUGUUCCAAAAGCCCUGAGCAAGCGGGCAGAGUUUGAAGUGCCCCUCUCUCCUCCACUGUUCUCUCUGCUGUUUUACUUGAUGUGUCUGAUGCUGUGUGCUGUUCAUGUCAUUGUAUGCACAUCAGCAGAAAGUUUGUGCUAUUUCUGCAGUAUGUCCUGGUUAACAGCAGUCGGAGUGAUGAUGCUGAUUUCUGCACUCAUGUGUGGUAUCUUAUCUGCCAUUGCAAAGAUAUUUGAAAAUUCCAGACUUCCAACGAAGAAUCCUGUUGUGUCCAGUUCUGACUGGUCGGAAGUAGAUGUGCUCGUUCUGGCUGGAACUAUUGGCCAUGUUUUGAGUUUAGGGGCAAGCAGUUUUAUAGAAGAGGAACAUCAAACCUGGUAUUUUCUUAUCAAUACGCUUUGUUUGGUGCUGUGUCAGGAACUUUGUAGAAAUAAUUUUCUUCUGAAAGAAUGUGACCCUCAACAUAGCACAAAUGUAAGACAAAAUUUUUAUAGUAUCGGGGAAACCUCUGAAUGCAAGAAUAUAGACAUUCCAGCAGCAAGUAAUUCAAAACUGGGCAAGGCCACCUCUUCAUCUGAAUUCAUAAAAGGAUCAGAUAAGUGGAUAAGCUUAGCAACUCCAUGGAUCAUCCUUAUUUGCUGUCGGCUGCUUCGAUCCUUGAAUCAGACAGGUGUCCAGUGGGCUCAUCGGCCAGACUUUGGACACUGGUUGACAAGCUCGGAACAUAAAUCUGAACUCUCCUUCUUGGCUGCAGUCUCCCUUCUUAUGAUCUUCUUUCUGGUUCAAAGAAGAUGCUCCCUAGUUUCGAAAAUUGCUAUGGCACUUGGGCUCCUGGGAGUCUACAGUUACCGGGCAGCUAUUGGAAAUGUUAUAUUUCCAUGGCAACAUGGUGGCAAAGAUAUUUCAAAGGGGAUUACUGAAGCUCGUUUUGUUUAUGUCUUUGUUCUUGGCAUAGUCUUCACUGGCACUAAAGAUUUACUAAAGUCACAGGUUAUUUCUGCAGACUCCAGCACGAAGAGCACAGGAUUAUGGGAAGUAUACAGCGGAUUGGUUCUACUAGCAGCUCUUCUAUUUAGACCUCACAAUUUACCAGUCUUGGUGUUUUGUCUGCUGAUUCAGACAAUGAUGACAAAAUAUAUUUGGAUACCUUUGAAAUUUGAUGCAGCACAAAUUACUAUCAUGCACUACUGGUUUGGCCAAGCUUUCUUCUAUUUUCAGGGGAAUUCAAAUGGCAUUGCUACUGUGGACAUUUCAGCAGGUUUUGUGGGACUAGACAGCUAUGUGGAGCUACCAGCAAUCUUCCUCACAGCAUUUGCAACAUAUGCGGGACCUUUCCUUUGGGCCAUCCAUCUGCUGUGCUACUUGAGUUCUGAAGUUAGCAGGAAUUCUGCAGCAGUGGGUCAUGGCUGUUUCUGCUACGCCCUGAUGCAUUCAAUUCCAGUUGCCAUCUAUGUUGUGUUGGUAACAGGUCUACGCUACCACCUGUUCAUAUGGAGCGUCUUCUCGCCAAAGCUGCUGUACGAGGGAGUGCAUGUGUUCAUCACAGCUGCUGUCUGCCUGUUCUUCACAGCAAUGGAUCAGAACCGCUCCUACAAAGUGCAGAACUGAAAAUAGGUGUGCAGCAUUGUGAUGUCCGCUGUGCCACUGGAAUGGAAGAAGGAAAAUACCGGCUUUAAAUUGUUGGGCAGAUUUGGAAGAGUAAAUUGUUAAAAGAGUUGUUUAUUUUAGUCAAGAUCAGUCUUGUGUUAAUACUAAUUUUGCUUUAAAACUGUUGGAUUGAAAUAAACUGGUUUUUCGUACCUUUUGUUCUAUAGCUGUCGUUAUAGCACUUUCCAGGAAACAGAAAGGUGAUACUACAUGUUUUGUAUUUAAAAAUAUACAUCUUAAUAUAAAUACCGACCAGUGCCUCAUGGGCACAGAAAAACAAUCUUGUGUACAUACAAUGUUUUUCGUUUCUUAGACUACAGAAUCCUAAAAAUGUGCAGGAUUUCUAGGUGCUGUUCACAAGAUCCCUGAAUCCAUUAGCCUCGAGUGGUUUUUGUGUUUGUUUUCUUUCUACUAAAUGCAUUGAAAUUAUUAUUAAAUUUUUGUUGUACAAACAACCCAAAUAAGAGAUUUUGUUUGUUUUGCAUAGGCAGCAAGCAUUUCUGUUUAAAAGCUGCAUUUUUCUUUGUAAGAUGAGCGCCGUCAUUAUUUGUAAUGGACUUCGAUCUGCACUUCAGACACUGAAUAAGAAACACUUAUUGUCAAACAAAGUAAUGAAUCUUCUAUGGAGUCCAUUCCCUGUUAAAAUGUUUCUUCUUAUCAAUGUAUAAAUGAUAAAUCAGGUCAGUGCAGCCAUGCUCAACAUUUGAUCAUGUGUUCCACACAUGAGUAGACAGUUGUGAGCAGUGAACAGGAAAACAGUUUAAUGGAUUAAAUUACCAGGAGAACAAAAGGUGUAAAAAGUGUGUUUGCAGUUUUCAUCACCACCCCCCUAGUGACCUGUCUAGUCAUCUCACUUGAAUGUGCUGUAAUUCAUUUAUAACAAUGUUGUUUUCCUUGCUUCUGUCAAGAAGGUACGUGUUAAUGCCUGUACCAUCAGUAUUCAUGUGAGGUCUUUUUGCCUCUUAGUUUUGUCCCUGUUUUGUCCAUGUUAAUGGCUAAUGUGAGUUAGUCUAAAUAUGUUUGAGGUAUAUCAGAGGAGAAGCAUACAGAGACUUUUUAACUUUUAUUAGAAAUACAGAAAAAGAAAGCUUUCAAGAUCGAUAUAGCUGACAGCACAGUUGUUAAAAUCACUGAUGUACUUUUUGUCUCGUGUUACAGAUAAUGCAGAUCUCAAAAUGUAGGCCUUUAGUUUUUAUACAUUAACAAUAGGCCAUCUUGAUUAUUAAUAAUGAAAUAUUUUUUCAGCUAUAAAAAAACAUAGAAUUUUCAAUACACUGGCAACAUAUUGCUCUUUACCUGGAGGAGAGAAUACUGGAUCUUAAUGUCAUUUACUGUGACCUGCUGGAAGAUUGAAAAUUAAACGCUUCUAAUAAGUGACUUUUUACUGCCAACUAUGGUUAUUUAAAACAGUUUGUAUUUGUGAAUGUACAUCUACUAUUUUCACAAUUCUCAAUAUUUUUUUGGUUACCUGCUGGCCAGCAGCCAUGUCGGCAUUAUCAGCAUAUUCUGUUUACUUACACUGUUAAUUUGUAAGCAGUCCUCCCUAAAAUUCAUACAGAGUAUGUUUAUAAGACAUUUGAGUCAGAGAAAAAGGAUGCUAAUAAAGAGAUGGAAGGGAUAGAGCAGAAUUGCUUCUGCUGUACAGAAUCGUAGAACAAUGUGGGAUAACAUUUACAAGGUCUUUUAUUCCUUCCUUCUGGCUUUUUUUUUUUUUUCCUAGCAUAUCUCUUUUAUCAAAUAAUGAAUUCUAAACUAUUUCAUGUGUAUUAAGAUUGCAUUUUUUCAGAUUACUGAGUUAAAUGAUUAGUGUCCCCCUUCUCCUCUGAAUUUGAAAGAUGUCCAGACUGUAUCCAAGAUUAAAUGGCUUGGGAAAGCUGUUACUUAGGUCUUCAAGACCCAGAAAGGAAAGGAAGAAGGGAAGGGACUGCAUCUCUGUCUCAAGUUAACUCAUGAGUUUGCAUGAUAUGAGAAAGAAACAUGGUGCUUUCAGCUUCAGAAUUGACAUUUAAAUUUUUUUUCAGCAUUUCCUUUUGGGUGUAGGCAAAUGAAAUAAUGCUUCAUGAGCUUAUGGGCUCUGGCAAUGCAAAUCUUCUGCCGUGAAUGAAUGAAUUAGCAAGCAGACUUUAACUGGGGGAUUAUGUUAUAAUAAUUUUAUUUUAAAUAACAUAAAAUUUUGGCAUUUGAUCUGAAUGUACAGAGAAAGCAAAUGCCUGAACACAAAUUUUUAUCUCACUAGUUAAUUGUUCCACCUCACUUCUAGUUAUGUUCAGCAUGUUUCAAACCCUCAGAUAAGGAGACAAGGGAUGUGGGAAGCAGGAAUACUACUGGGCUAUUUUUUGCCAUUAUAAGCAUACCAGUUUCUUCUGUCCAAGUCACCUGUAGUGCCUGUUCAGUGUGGGAUCAGCCUGGGCUUCCUCAGUAGUGCCCUGUGCACAGGCACAAGCUCUUCCUUAAAUACUUUCUGAAGUCUUGCCAUGUUAAGUAUUUCCACUCAGCACUUUCAGUGCUGGUCAGACAGUGCAACCAGUUAAGCUGUGGUCUACAGCUUGCUCUGCUAGAUUUCACUGGAUCACCACCAGUCAGCACAGCUCAAAGCUUGUAACUGAUUUCCAGUAUGGUCCCAUGGAUUCACAGUGGUGAAGCUUAGCUUCAUUCUUGUAAAUAAAUUCAGGUUUAAGAAAAAAAAAUCUAUUAAUAUUUUAGGUACUAUAUAUCUGUAUUUCUGCUCUCUAGGAAAAGAAGUCUGUUUCCCUCACCAGCACAAAAUCCACAGUGUGAAUCCCAGCCUUUCUAGCAGGCAGGGCAUGUGUGGUAGGCCACGGUUCCUCCAUGGUUCUUUCUGUAGAGAGUCAGGGCAGUUUCUGGAAUCCCUCACAUCAGGCAUUUGCAAACUAAACAAGAUACAGCUCCACAAUUGCACAGUUGCAGGAGGAGGGGCCACAGUUGCAAGUUGUGGUGAGGGGCUUCCUCUGAAAAACCAAGGUUUUCCUGAGUUCUUCACCAGCAGAAAGGGGAAAGAAGCUGUGAUCCCAGUGGUCAGUGGGGCAGGAGCAGGAAGUGGCUGAUGUCAUUAUAGGCCUCACACUCUCCUGACUAGGAAAGGCUGUGAUCAGGGGAUGUUUGUGAGGUUGGCAUUGCACCAUCUAACAGAAGUAUGGAAAGGCUGGGAAAUAGCCUCUCUUCAGUCCACAGCAGAUAAUAUAAAGGGAGACUCUUUGCCAAGAGAUAGAUGGAAGGGAAAUGAGUGAGAGGGAGCUUGCAGGAUAGUUUGUGCCUGGCCCAUUGGUACUUGAUUUCUUCUCUUAACAGACGACAGACUCGGUGAAGGGAAGAACAGUGGAUGCUGGACAACUUGAGCAAGGCCUUCAGCAGGGUGUACUUGGCACCACACGAGCUAAUAGAUGAGUGGGCGUGAAGGUGGACUGAAUCUAUGGGCUCUGGCUUCAGUGGUCUGAGUCACCCCAUCUCAGCCUGGACUGGCAGAGAAGUGAUGUCAUACUAGGGCAAGGAACUUUAGGAUCAUUCUUAAGCUGGAUAAGAGGAAAGACCAGAGCAAAUCUGGAAAUGGUACCAAAGAGGGAGAGGGCUGUAUAUGCUGAAGGGGAAGACCACCCUUUGGAGGAGGCUUGGCAAACUGGAAAAAUGGGCUGCUGACAACCUGCAGUACAGCCUGGGUACGUGCCCCUGGCUGGUAGUGGUGCAGGAGGGUGCCCAUGCGCUGCUGAGCAGCCCUGACAGUCUGAUCCUGUUCCCCUGCUCAUCAUUGUUCAAGCACACACGCACACACAUGUCUACGUGGACAGUUUAUCCAGUACCUAGCCGAGAUCCCAGUGGCCUGCCCUGCUGCUGUCAUCCCAACAAGGGAACCCCAGGCAUUUCCAGCUUCUCUUGCUGGGAUCCAGACCACUUCUCUUACGAGUGAGUCCAGCUUGAAGUUCACUGCUGUUCACACACAUAUGUCAAGAGCAGAAGAUGCACUAAUAAAGAAGUAGUAUUUAAUGAGAGGAUGGGGCACUCAGCAAUGAUGAAGUGAAGAACUUACACAGAGAAAUGCACACACUAGAGGCCUGUUUAUACAGAGCCACCACUUUUUCUCUAUGUUUUCCUCUGCUUUCAUAUGUUUAUUCCUUUCUGAGCCAUUUUGGUCUUUCCUUUUCCAAUAGCUUUUCCUUAAUAUGUAAUGACUUGCAUGUUCCAUUAAUUCCCAUAAACACAUGCUGUAAGUUUUACUGAAUCCUGAAGUCCUUUUUCCUGUGGAUCCCAUGAGCCUUAUGUUCCUCCAGGCAGUAAGUUCCUUGAGUCUACAAGGUUUUAAGGAAGAGAUGUUUAUUUUUUUAACUAAUCCUGGUGUGCUUCACACCAGGGAUCAUUGUUCAGUUGCUUAGUGAGUGAUUGUAUUGUUAUCUAAAUAAACUACUAUGAAUUGCUGAUUGAGCAAUUACGUUAGCUGAGGUCCUCAGCAAGUGGAUCCUUGCGCAUCUGACCUUUGUGCAGUCAUGAACAGUCUGUUAGCACCUGAGUUUGCAGUGACUUGUACCUUGUUUCAGCCUGAGGAUGAGGAUGCAUCAGAGACCUUUUGGCUGCAGUCAGCUCCAAGGAGGUGAGGCAUGGAGAUGAAUUCUUCUCAGAAGGGCACAGGGAGAGCCUUGCAACAGGCACAAGUUGCAGUACAGGACAUUCCCAGGAGGUCAGAGACUCUUUCCUUACCUGUGUGUUUACUGUGGGAAUGAGGCCCAUGUCUCCACCCUGAGAGAUCUUCCAGCACUGGAGCAACCUCACUUAGUUGCUCCUGCUGUGGGCUGGAAGUUGUACUGUGUGUGUUCCAAAGAUCUCUUCCAGCCAACAUUCGGCAAGGAUUCUGUGGAUUGGCUGUCUUUGAAGUUGUCUCUGCAAUUUCUUACUGGCCAUUUCACGGGUUAUUUCCUGAAGUC